CUCAUCCGAUGGCUUUGAAUCUACAACAGGGUUGGUUUUACGGACGCGACCGGUGCAGCUACGAGUAGAUUGUUUUGGGGAUCAGUGGUUGGGACAAUCUUGGUGGAAUAUUCACCGGAGGGUGAACACGCCCACUUUUCACACAUGAUAGCUACAACAGCACCGCAAAUGACUCCGUCCCCCUCACCCUCUUCUCUCUCCCAUCUUUCACCCCGUUAGAUAUCUGUCAAGUUACUGCAGAGGACACUCGCAGACAAUAAAACUGUUAUUCUGAAUAUCCCAACCGUGUCCUGCUCAGGCGAAAAUGGAGGAGUUUCUACAGAGUUGCAGUGCUGCGUUGAAGGGCAGUUCUCAGGACGGCUCUGCUGGGAUCCACGUUGUCCUUGGCAGCGAGUCAUGUGACCUGGACUCCAUGGUGUCAUCGCUGGCCUACGCCUACUUCCUGUUCCGUACCUCUCCCCGUCCCCAUGGCACCCCCGUGGCCGUGAUGAACAUUCCGAGGGCGGAGUUUCCCCUGCGCUCCGACAGCAUCCUCCUGCUCAGGGAGGUCGGAGUCUCGCCGGACAGCUUGGUGUUCCGAGACCAGCUGGACCUGGCUCGUCUCCAUGGAGACAAGCGCCUGACGCUCACGCUGGUGCACCACAACGUUCUCCCCAGGGCUGACAGGGAUCUGGAGGCAGCCGUAGUCGAGGUUAUCGACCACCACCACCUGGAGCGGACGCCCUCCACUUCCUGUCGGGUCGCCGUGGAGACGGUGGCUUCCUGCGCUACCUUGGUGACGGAGCGGAUCCAGCUGCGAGCACCGGAGCUUCUGGAGCCCCCGCUGGCUCUGCUGCUGUACGGUGCCAUCCUGCUGGACUGUGUGAACAUGGCGCCCGCGGCGGGCCAGGUGACGGCCAGGGACAGCCAGGCGGCUUGUUACCUGGAGACGCGCUUCCUAGACUUGCCACCGAGGGGCGCUCUCUUCCAGUCCCUGCAGAGCGCCAGGGCUGACCUCUCAGGUCUGUCUACAGAGCAGAUACUGAUGAAGGAUAUGAAGAAGAUCUCAGGGGAGGACCUGAAUCUGGCCAUCAGCACCGUCUACAUGACCCUGGAUAUGUUCCUUCAGAGGAGGAGCCUACAGCAGGAGCUGUGUGAGUUUUGCCACAAGCAUCGCCUGGGCGCACUGGUCGCCAUGACAAUCUCCUUCCGUGAGGGCAGCAGCGAGCCGUGUCGCCAGCUGGCCGUGUACAGCGCCAGCACCCUCUACAGGGAGGAGGUGAGCCAAGCCUUGGAGCACGCCCACUCCCUGUCGCUCAGCCUAUCACCAGUUAGCAGCCCUUAUAAGGAUGUAAAAGCCUAUCACCAGGGAAACACCUUGGCCUCCCGUAAGAAGCUCCUCCCCUUCCUCAGAAACUUCCUGCGUGAGUGGGACAGAAGGCAGGUGCAUUAUGGGGAGGUGGGGGAGGACCUCGACGACAACUUCGACCAAUCGUUGUCCCCGGUCAUGGACGGGGAGCCCCGCCCCCGGGUCUACUCCACCUCCCGACACCACCGGCGCCGGCUGCAGGGAGCAGAGGAUUGUGGGACGGAGGAGGAGCUGGGGGUCCCGCCCACGCCCGUGAACAGCCUGGCGGAGGGGUGCCCCCUGGAUGGGGGGCUGGGACGCCUGAACCACGACGCCAUCUUGGAAAGGUUCAGUCAACUGGGGCGGGGGGACGAGGAGGAGCAAUCUUGAUCUAAAACGUGGCCGUUUGUAUCUGACUAUUGUCAGGUAACUGGGAGUCUGUGACUGGGAUGCUGACUCUUGUGAACAGGAGCAGGAACUAGGCCUUGUCGAGGGAUUUGAAGGUGUUCCUCUUUGCUACCUUAACAGAGAUGUUCUCUGUUGGAUCCAUCCAUGCAAGGGUUCAUCUUCACUCUCCAUCUCUCCAUGAGACACACAGAAGUGCUGGGGCAUGGGGGCGUUCCUCUGGAGAGAACAAAAGAUGGAGGGAGGUAGAGGUAGAGAGAAAGGGAGGGAAGGAGAAAGUUAGGAGAUAUUUUGCUGACUUAUGCAUAAAGUUUUUUGCUUUUUUGCAAGUUGAAUCUGUUGAUUCUGUUCAUGUUUUUUAUAGUAGUUUUUUUACUCCCAAAGUGUCAAUCCAAACACAUAUGUUUUGUUGAAGUGUUUCAUGGGAGACUAUCUUGCCUUCAUCAGUUAUCUUUUACGGUCACAUACACAAACAUGCACAGACACACACGUACACACUUUCUCUCUCACACACACACAAACACACACACACACACACCCACACAAACACACGUUCUUAAAAGUUUUACCUGGAUUUUUCUUUCCAACCAGUGUCCCUCUUGCAGAUUUUGAAUUAAUGUCUUAAGCCCAGAGUUAUUCCUUAGGAACACUUCCUUAGCAACCUCUUCCCUCAUAAAAGCCUUUGUCUUCGAACAGGUGUAACCAUGAGACAUGUCCUGAGUAAAUAAUGGAUUAAUGUUGCCAUGUCCUUUCAGGCUUUGGUCCUUCCCAUAAUGCACGGCUGUUUUCCUGUCCCCUGUAAGACAACGAGGCUCCGCCUCCCUAAAUCAGACUCUUUAUACCUGCAUAAGGCCCCUCCCCCCUUCAUCAUGCCCCGCCUUCCUGUAUUAGGCCCUGCCUCCCCUGCAUCCCCCCCCUCCUUGUACUAUGCCCCACCUUUAUGCACCAGACCCCAACUCCCCAUCAUUAUAUCAGGCCCCACCUACUGAAAUCAGGCCCCACCUUCUUAUAUUUGGCCCCGCCUCUCUGUAUCAAUCCCCAUUUCCUCAUAUUAAGCCCUGCCUCCUUAUAUUAGGCCCCACCUCCCCGUGCUUGCACCCCUGCCAUCUCAUGUUCCGCCCCCUGUCUCAUGUCCCGCCCCCUGUCUCAUGUCCCGCCCCCUGUCUCAUGUCCCGCCCCCUGUCUCAGGUCCCACCCCCUGUCUCAUGUCCCACCCCCUGUCUCAUGUCCCGCCCCCUGUCUCAGGUCCCGCCCCCUGUCUCAUGUCCCGCCCCCUGUCUCAUGUCCCGCCCCCUGUCUCAGGUCCCGCCCCCUGUC